AACAAUGUCGUAAACCCGCAUGCAAUUUGCGAAAGAGGCUCCGGCGGACUUGCUCAGCGUGCGUCAGUGCGAAAAGGACUCUUGUCAAAUCAUCUCGAGUGAGAAUAAUCAUCCCACUUGAGAAUCAUGGCCGCAUCUGAAGAAUUUAUGAAGUAUCGUUCCCCACUGGUGUCAAGAUAUGCCAGCAAGGAAAUGGCGUACAACUUCAGUGAUAGGAAGAAGUUCACGACCUGGAGAAAGCUGUGGAUCUUCCUUGCUAAGGCUGAAAAGGCUUUGGGACUGCCCAUCUCGGACGAGCAGAUUGCGGAGAUGGAGAGCCACGCGGAGGACAUCGAUUUCGGCAUGGCGGCGGAGGAAGAGCGUAAACUCAGGCACGAUGUGAUGGCUCACGUGCACACCUUCGCUCACUGCUGCCCCGCGGCGGCGCCCAUCAUCCACCUGGGAGCCACCUCCUGCUACGUGGGAGACAACACCGAUCUGAUUAUGCUGCGUGAUGGAUUCGACAUUCUCUUACCCAAGUUGGCAAGAGUCAUCGACAGACUGUCAAAUUUUGCCGAGAAGUAUUCCGACCUCCCCACGCUUGGCUUCACGCACUACCAGCCGGCCCAGUUGACCACGGUCGGUAAGCGAGCGUGCCUGUGGCUGCAGGACUUGGCCAUGGACAUGCGGAACCUGCAGCGAGCCCGCGACGACCUGCGUUUCCGCGGGGUCAAGGGCACCACUGGCACUCAGGCCAGUUUCCUGCAGCUCUUUCAGGGAGAUCACGACAAGGUGGAAGAGCUGGACAGGUUGGUGACCGAGAUGGCUGGCUUUCAAAGAGCCUACCUGGUGACUGGACAGACGUAUAGCCGCAAAGUGGACAUCGAUUCUCUCUCCAGCCUUGCCAGUUUAGGAGCGACCGUUCACAAGAUUUGUACUGACAUCCGCCUACUAGCCAACCUGAAAGAGAUCGAGGAACCUUUUGAGAAAGAACAGAUUGGUUCUAGUGCCAUGCCAUACAAGAGGAACCCCAUGCGUGCUGAGCGUUGUUGUAGCCUGGCCCGGCAUUUGGUGGCGCUGAUGGCUGAUCCCUUGCAGACGGCCUCAGUGCAGUGGCUGGAGCGCACGUUGGAUGAUAGUGCCAACAGGAGGAUCUCUCUGCCGGAGUCUUUCCUCACCGCUGACAUUAUCCUCAGCACCCUGCAGAACAUCACAGAGGGCCUGGUGGUCUACCCCAAAGUCAUUGAAAGGCACAUCCGCCAUGAGCUGCCCUUCAUGGCCACUGAGAACAUCAUCAUGGCCAUGGUGAAGGCCGGAGGCAACAGACAGGACUGCCAUGAGAAGAUCCGCGUCCUGUCUCAGGAGGCAGCAGCUGUGGUCAAACAGGAGGGCGGCGAUAAUGACCUGCUGUCGAGAGUGCAGGCUGACCCUUACUUUGCUCCCAUUUUGGGACAGCUGGAUGCCAUAUUAGACCCCAAGACCUUUAUCGGUCGUGCUCCCCAGCAGGUGGCCAGAUUCCUGUCAGAAGAAGUGCGCCCUCUACUGGAGCCCUACAACUCCAAAAUGGAUGUCAAGAUAGAACUCGAGCUCUAAGGCGUCAACACAUUGCCAAAGUGACAUCAUCGUGAGGACGACAUUAUCGCCCAAAAGCACAUUUGACCCUUUUAAGAAGCGGUAGCGAAGCCAGCGUCAUCAGGAAUCAUUUUGGUGCGAUAGUUUUAAUUUCAACCUGCUGUUUUAACAUCAUAAAUCAGGGGCUAUUUCUGACGACUGCCAUUAAAAUAAACAAAUGACCAAUAUG